AUGGACCCGGAAAAAACAUACGAUGAGACGGUCGAGGAUGUUAGGUCCACGGUUUCGGUGCCAGACAUAGAUCCAGCGGCAGAGAAACGACUCUUAUGGAAACUCGACCUCCACGUUGUUCCUAUUCUCAUGUUCCUAUUCAUGCUUGCCUUCCUUGAUCGUAUCAAUAUCGGUAAUGCGCGACUUCAGGGUCUUGAAAAGGAUCUGGGGAUGACGGGACACGAUUAUAAUAUCGCCCUAUUUAUCUUCUUCAUUCCAUACAUCCUUUUUGAGGUUCCUAGCAAUCUUUUCUUGAAAAAGGUUUCGCCGUCUUGGUGGUUGAGCGGGAUUAUGUUUUGUUGGGGUAUUAUCACAACAUGUCAAGGUGUUGUAAAGAGCUUCGGUGCCCUCGUUGCAUGUCGGUUCUUGCUGGGUGUAUUUGAGGCCGGGUUGAUGCCAGGCUGCAUAUACUUGAUUGCUAUGUACUAUAAGCGCCACGAGUUGCAAUGGCGAUUCAAUAUCUUCUUCAGCGCUAGUAUUCUGGCUGGAGCAGUCAGUGGACUUCUUGCCUAUGGAAUAGCCCAGAUGGAUGGCGUCGGAGGAUAUAGCGGCUGGCGCUGGAUCUUCAUUAUCGAAGGUCUACUUACAGUAUGCACCGGAAUUGCUGCCAAAUUUCUUAUCGUCGAUUGGCCCGAAACAUCUACUUUCUUGAAUGAGGAGGAGCGUACAUUGCUGCUCCGACGUCUAUCGGAAGACCGCGGUGAAGCGCAAAUGAAUCGCUUCGACAAACCCGCCAUCAAGCGCACAUUCUCAGAUAUCAAGAUCUAUCUUGGAGCUAUUAUGUACUUCGGAAUUGUCAAUACAGGCUAUGCAACCUCGUUCUUCACACCCACCAUCCUCCGCCAGCUCGGCUGGACAUCCGUCCGAGCUCAAGUAAUGAGCAUCCCCAUCUACAUCGUCGCGACAGUAAUCGCACUUGCCACAGCGUUCGCCAGCGACCGACUACGCCAUCGUUUCACCUUCACGAUAUUGGGAUGUAUCAUCGCCACAAUUGGGUACGUUAUUCUCAUCUGUCAGGAGUCGGUACCGGUCGGAGCCCGAUACUUUGCCUUAUUCGCGAUCACGGGCGGAGGAUAUAUGACGCAGCCGAUCUUGUUGGGUUGGGUGAGUAACAACAUGGCUGGGCAUUACAAGCAAUCCAUUGCCUCAGCUAUGCAGAUCGGAUUUGGUAAUUGUGGCGGUCUGGUUGCUAGCAAUGUGUUCUUUGACUCGGAGGCUCCUACAUACCGAACUGGGUUUGGUGUUAGUCUAGGGAUGAUAUGGAUCGGUGGCGUGGCGUGUAUGGUGUUCUUUGGUUAUGUAUACCGUGAAAAUCGGCUGCGGGAGCAGGGUAAGAGGGAUGAUCGGUAUCAUUUGCCUAAGGAGGAGUUGGAGAAUGCUGGAGACGAUCAUCCUAGUUUCCGAUUUACUUAUUAA